AUUUCUUUAAGACUGCAAGGGAAUUUUUAUUGACUAAAAAUGCGUUAGAAAACGUUCAUCUCAAAGACGAGUUCGCUCAGGAUCAGUUACAUAUAGCAGGUCGGCUGACUCGAUUUCCUUCUCAUACAUUCCCGCAGCGUCACAGUGCAUUUCCCUAUUGAAGCCAAGCGUCCAUUGCCUUCAAUGGGGCUGCUUUGAACGUUUUUUUUUCAGCACUUCGAAACUAGACGGUCAUUGUAUAAACGCUACGAUUAUGUCCCGCCCACGGACGCUCAGCAUCUCUAAGGGUGAAUGGGAAGUGGGCUGGCCCGGACUCUGAGCUUCUGCGUGAUGAUUAGAGGGUCUGUCGAAAGACUGCAUCUCCUUUUGACUGACAGCGAUUCUGUACUAUAAGGAAUCACUGAAGCUAUUCGCGCUCAGUCCCAUCGCGGAUUUCUCAAGUUUAGUCAAAAUAAAAACUGCUGAAACCUAUUUCUUUGAAAUUUGCUGGGAGAAAUUGCUUGAAUUUUAUCAUACAUUUCACACAAUUAUACACCACAUUCCUUGUUUCAGUUUUACAGAGUUUAAUAUUUUUUUUUUUAGAUCGUUCAUUCAUUCAUUCAUAUAACGUUAGUAGGCUAGGCUAGCGUCGUGGGUGAAACGAUGGCAGACGGUGCUAAUAUUGUCGACCUGAUUUUGGCAAAGCCAUUUGAAAGUGUUCCUUACGAGGAAAAACUUAGAAUUAAACAGCAGGGCAGAUCAACACCUAAGAUUGAUUUAGUGCAAAAGAUAGGGAAAAAUAACAGGUCUUUUCAGCUCUCCUGGUAUGACAAAGUUAGCUGGCUGACUGGAAGUGCUGUGACAAAUAAAAUGUACUGCUGGCCAUGCCUCUUGAUGAAACCAUCUCACGGAUGUGUUGUUUGGUCAAAGGUGGGGUUUGGAGAUCUGUCUAACUUUGACAGGGCAUAUAAAAGACAUGAAAAGAGCAAUGAACAUGUGAGUGCAUGUGCAAGAUUAAGUUGCAUGGGCAGGAUCAGGGUUGAGCAUGCAAUAAAUGAAGGUGCUCGCAUUCAAGUGGCUAAACAUAAUGAAAUAGUCAAACAAAACAAGGCCUUCCUAAACCACUUUAUUGAUGUGACAUCCUUGCUUGGCCGGCAGGAGCUGUCAUUUUGGGGACAUGAUGAGAGUAGUGAAUCAUCCAACAAGGGGAAUUACAGGGAGUUCACAGAAACAUUAGCUAAAUAUGACUCUGUCCUGUCCACACAAUUCGAGUCCUCAACUGUGUUUUCUGGUAUGUCCCAUACUAUUCAAAAUGAUUUGAUCUCUGCUCUUGCAGCCACCGUUUCUGAUCAGAUCAGAGAUGAAAUUCAGGAUGCUCCCUUUUUUGGAUGGCAGGUGGAUGAAACAACUGAUAUAUCCUGCCGUGCCCAACUCUCUGUCAUUGUUUGCUAUGUGGAUAGUGCAGGUAAAAUUCAGGAGCGCUUUAUUGGAUUUUUUGAUGUUUCGGGGGGGCGAGAUGCCCAGUCCGUUUUUGAAAUAUUAAAUGAGAACAUGCAUGGCUACAAUUUUAAGGACAAGCUUGUGGCACAGACCUAUGAUGGGGCUGCUGUCAUGGCUUCAGAUCUCAAUGAUCUGCAGGCCAAAGUGAAAGCAAUAGCCUCCAGUGCAAUGUUUGUGCAUUGCUAUGCACACCGACUGAAUCUGGUGCUGUCACAGGGGGCUAAAUGCUUGCCUGAGUGCAGAAUUCUUUUUGCAUCACUCUCUGGAUUUGCCACAUUUUUUUCAAAAUCCACAAAGAGGACAUCUUUUCUGGAGUCUGCAGGCUGUUCAAGGUUGCCCAGAAACACUCCUACUCGAUGGAAUUUCACAUCACGGAUAGUGAGCACUGUGGCAAACAAUUAUGAUGGCCUCCUGCAGACAUUUGAGAACAUCAUUGCAGAUACAACAAUGGAUGAUGAUACACUGGAUUGUGCCAAAGGCUUUGUGAGGAAACUGGAGGAUUUUGAGUUUGUGUUCAUGUUGUACACAUAUGAACAAAUCUUCUCUGAGACUGAUGUGGUGUUUGAUAUUGUUCAGCAGUGGGCAAUGGAUGUUCUUUACUGCAAGAACAGAAUUGAAUCUCUUCUUGCAUUUGUCAAAGAGAAGAGGUCAGAGGGGGCUUUCCAAGCCAUUUAUGCCAAAUCAGCAGAUCUCACAUCAGACCCACGAGAUGAGCCCAUGAGAAAGCGCCGUCUGACCCAAUUGCAGGAUCCCCAAGUGCGAUACAGAAAGCUGUGUGAUUACUUGGUGUUCCUUAAAGACAUGGAGUUGGACAGUGCAAUGCCUCAGCUUUACAAACUGUUCUCAUUAGUGGCAACAAUUGGCGCUACAUCUGCAGGUGUAGAAAGGUGCUUCUCCUGUUUAAAGCGACUCAAGUCCUACACCCGAAACACAAUGGGCCAAGGCCGUUUAAGCAGCCUGGCUCUGCUGGCCGUUGAGAGGACACUGGUCAAGUCACUUGAAAAGACUCCUAGUUGGUACGACAGGGUCACAGACCAUUUUCUUGAAAAGGAACGUAGGGCAGAAAUUACUUUUAAAUAAAUAGACAAUUUUAUGAUGUAGGCCGAAAAUGAGCUUCCCCUCUCUGACAGACCAGUAGCCGCC